AUGGGGCAGGAAGGUGCAAGAGGACCGGUCCUUUACGCAAAUUCGCCACUGAAAAAUGUUCAGUUCCAUCUCGAGCGACAUCCCGAGAUUGCUUUCAUUUUCUACAAGGGAUAUGAUCAAUCCCCACCAGCCGAUAACAGCAAAAGAAUGUCGAAGGACGGCGUGUAUCGCAUCCCUGAGCCAUCGAAGCAGACACUGGUCCUAAACUCGGAGCAUCUGAUAUCAGCAGUGGAACGGCUGGGAGGAAGCAUUCCAGACUUUGCCAAUUUCUUUCCGAAUUUUGAUCCGGAUAGGGAGAUACCAGCCCCUUACAUAGCGUACUCGCCAGCCAUGGCCAAAACACACGUUGCUGCAAAGCGCCGCGCAGCCAAAGGUAUGGUCUCGAGACGGCUAGUGAAAUACCUUGUACGACCAGGCGAUGUGUUAGUCAGGACACAAGACGCUGUGCCCCACGCCUAUGUAGCAACAACUUGGGCUAAAGAAGGAAAACCGGACAGGGAGGGUUCACGCAAAUCAGAAGAAGGACGGCCUCUCACGCUCAAUGCAGAAAAGAAACAGGGGCCGAGAAAGCGAACGUACAAAUUUGAGGUCGCCGCAUGGUCUUGGGCCUUCGACGGCUCGUUUGAGAGAAAGCGGACUACAAUCAAGAUUCAGCUCAACGUAAGUGUUGGCGAAAGAUACAUGAUCGACAUCGACACUUACAAGACGCUACAUCCCAUAUUCUCAGCUAUCUACAAACCCGCUUCACCCUGA